GAAGAUAACACGGGUUGGACUGGGCCCCCCAGGGUGAGGAGGAGGAGACGCAAAGGACAUCAUCUCAUCUCCGACUCCCCACACGAGUACACGACUCGCACAAGCCGAGCAGGUCAGAGGCUUCGCCAUGGCCCGCAUCUAGGGACGAGAAGAAGAAGCCCAGUACACCCGGGAUGGGGCGCGCGUUCGUGUACGUCGUCCUGGGCGGCGGCGUGGCCGCGGGCUACGCGGCGCUCGAGUUCGCCCGCCGCGGCGGCUACUCCCGCGGCGAGCUCUGCAUCAUCUCCGAAGAGGCCGUUGCUCCUUACGAACGUCCUGCAUUAAGCAAAGGCUAUUUACUCCCAGAAGAUCCCGCUCGUCUUCCAGGAUUUCAUACUUGUGUUGGUGCUAAUGAUGAGUUACUGACGACAAAAUGGUACAAGGAACAAGGUAUUGAACUUGUUCUGGGAACAAAAGUGAUAUCUGCUGAUGUGAGACGGAAGACAUUGCUUACAGCCACUGGAGAAACUAUCAGCUAUAAGACACUUAUAAUUGCAACUGGUGCUCGGGCUUUGAAACUGGAAGAGUUUGGAAUAAGCGGUUCAGAUGCCACAAACAUAUGUUAUUUACGCAGUCUCGACGAUGCAGAUAAGUUGGUGAAUGCAAUGAGCUCAUGUUCAGGUGGAAAUGCUGUUGUCAUUGGUGGUGGCUACAUAGGAAUGGAAUGUGCAGCAGCAUUGGUUACUAAUAAGAUAAAAGUAACCAUGGUCUUCCCUGAAAACCACUGCAUGGCUCGGCUAUUUACACAAAAAAUUGCGGAAUAUUAUGAAAGCUACUACACUUCGAAAGGAGUUACUUUUACCAAAGGAACUGUUCUUACAUCCUUUGAAAAAGAAGACCCAACGGGGAAGGUGACUGCAGUAGUCCUAAAAGAUGGCAAACACCUUCCUGCUGAUAUGGUAGUGGUUGGUAUUGGGAUCCGUGCAAAUACAAGUCUUUUUGAAGGUCAGCUGUUGAUGGAGAAAGGUGGCAUAAAGGUAAAUGGGCAAAUGCAAACUAGCGACAGCUCUGUGUAUGCCGUUGGUGAUGUUGCCGCAUUCCCUAUCAAGCUUUUUGAUGGUGAUACCCGACGGCUUGAGCAUGUUGACUCAGCUCGUAGAACUGCUAGGCACGCUGUUGCAGCCAUCUUGGAGCCUUCAAAAACUAGGGACGUUGAUUACCUGCCAUUCUUCUACUCCAGAGUCUUCACAUUGUCCUGGCAGUUCUACGGGGAUAAUGUUGGAGAAGUAGUCCACUACGGCGACUUUGCAAGCAGCAGCCCAAGUUUUGGUGCAUAUUGGAUCAGUAAAGGCCGAAUCACGGGCGCAUUUCUCGAAGGUGGAAGCCGAGAAGAGUAUGAGGCGUUGUCGGUGGUUGUUCGGCGUAAAGCAAAGGUCUCAAGCAUGUCUGAACUUGAAAAGCAAGGUCUGUCGUUUGCCAUUCAGGAAAGCAAGAAAGAUUUGCCUGACAGUGGGGUCACCCUUGGUGAAAAGCCUACCUUUGUAUGGUAUGCAACGGCAGGUGUUGUUGCAGCUGUAUCGAUUUCUGCAUUUGGUUAUUGGUAUGGCCGGAAGCGCCGGAGAUGGUGAAUUUGAGAACAGUCCUUGCACUGCCGAGCUGGUGGAAGAAGGGAGGAAAAUCUGUGGUGUGCCAUCGUUUACAGUUACUAGGAGGAAAUCCUGUGUAAACCUGUAUGUAAGUGUAAUCUUUGUUUCAAAUGUAAACACGUAUAGAAAUCACAUCAUACAUUGUUCAGCUUCAAUGAAACGAAAUGAAAUGCUGUUACGGUAUCUCAA